AUGGUCAUUUCUCUCUCCAAACUAUAUCUCGUGACCCUACUCUUCGCUCCUGGUUCAAGAGCAGAGAGAAAUGACGGGAUCAAGUUAGUUAUUGGUCCUACAUGUGGGAAACUCACUCCCACGGGUAACGUGACGGACGUAAACAGCGGAUUACUUGAUAUAAAAAACUAUAAAACUAUAGUCUCAUUUGGCGAUAGCUAUACUGCCGGCGGGGUCAGAGACGGUUCACCUCUGGCCCCUCCAGUAAUUACCCCUCCGUCUCCCAAGGCAGGGGGGAGAACAACAAACGGGCCCGUGUGGAUAGAGAACAUUGCCAAUGACGUAGGAGCAAGGUUCAUGGACUAUGCAGUCGCAGGAGCUGUGACAGAUAAGACGUUGUGGCCUAGCAAAGCCAGCAGUUGGGAUUUUGUCCAAGAGGCUGAUAUCUUUUUGAGCCAAAACAACUCAUUGGAUCCUUCAACUACUCUAUACACCGUCUAUUUCGGAAUCAACGAUGUCUCGGGUUCCCGCAAGGACGGACCGGCCAAUCUUCCCAGGGCUGCCCAAGUCAUCCUGGACAAGAUCGAGCUACUCUCGAGACCACCCACAAAUGCACGAUCGUUCUUGCUUACUGAUUCAUAUGGAUAUGGAUCUCAUGAAGCUCCUGGAGAUGCAUUCAAAAAGAAGGUUUUUAACGGAAUUGCGGAAAUGAAAACUCGAGUCCCGAGUUUGAAGUUCGCCUUUGUAGAUUUUGCUUAUUUAUGGGAUGCUGUUCGUGGGAAAAGUCCCGGGUAUGCAGCCUUUGGGUAUACGAGCAUUGGGUCGUGUACCCUGAAUAGCAGCACCAUAGAUGGCGCCUGCAAUGACCCUGAUCACACAUUUUAUUGGAUUCCAAAUUUCAAGAGCUACGAUUGGUCAUCGGAGGCCUUGAAUGCAUCUGAGAAACUAGCACAAGUGGCUUCCGACUCGAAUGUUUUAUCCGCCGCCUGGGCAUGGCUGUUGGGCGUGUUUGCUUCUAUUGGGGCAUUUUUUGCAACCAGUUGGCAGUAUGUUGGUGCUAGUGAAGUAAGCAAGGAACAUAUAUGGGAAUGGUUCACUGCCUCAUGGCAGAGCCUGUCUGAGUUCUUGUUGCGCCCUGAUGCUCGCAAUGCCAUUAUCGUGUGGUUCGUUGUAUUCUGGAUCUGCGUUCUCAUUCCUCUGGCCCUUGGAUUUGGCCCUGUUGGUGUAAUUGGAGGUUCGCUUGCAGCAUGGUUUCAGUCUGUGAUUUAUGGAGCUUUCACUCCGGCUGGGGGGUUCUUCGCAGUAAUGACAUCUGUUGGGAUGAUGGGUGUUGCUUGCCCGCCAGUAGCCGUACCCUCGAUGAUUAUAGCUUCCUUGGCUGCAUGGAUCACUUGGUCAAUGUCUAGCACAUAG